CAGUGCCUUUUCCCUGCAGACAUCAGGCUGGUGUCAGAGCAAUUCUCACAGUCCCCGCAGAAGCUGUCUUUCUAUAGCUGGUAUGGCAGCGCCAGACUCUUCCACUUCCGAGUGCCUCCAGACACCGUGCUGCUGCACUGGCUGCUGCAAGUGUCCCGGAGCGGCGGUCCCAUGUGCAGCAAUGUGGAGAUCACUGUGUACUUCCGCUAUGGCGCCCCUCCGGUCAUCAACCCAUUAGGCACCAGCUUCCCUGCCAACACCUCCGUGCAGCCCUCCUUCCUUGUCAAGAUGCUGCAGAGCAAUGCUUCCAUCAACAUCUCCCACCCAGCACCUGGGGACUGGUUUGUGGCUGCUCACCUGCCCCCCUCAUCCCAGAAGAUUGAGAUGAAGGGCUUUGUUCCCACCUGUGCCUACAUCUUCCAGCCUGACAUGCUGGUUAUGCGGGUGGUUGAGGUCUCCAUCCUGGAACCCAAUGUGCCCCUUCCACAGACCCUCCUCUCCCACCCCAGCUACCUCAAAAUCUUUGUCCCUGAGUACACCCAGGAGCUGCGGCUGGAGCUGCAGGGCUGUGCUUCCAACGGGAGCCUGGGCUGCCCUGUGCACCUCACUGUGGGCUCAGCCACCCUGCCUAGCAACUUUCAGAAGGUGCUCACCUGUACCGGCCCCACCUGGGCGUGCCACCUGCUGCUGCCCUCACCACCCUGGGACCGGUGGUUGCAAGUGACGGCCAAGAGCCUGGCAGGGCCCCAUGUGUCAGUGGCUUUCAGCGCUGUAGCUACUCUCACAGCCUGCAGGCCAUGGAUUGUGAACUUCCAGCAUCUUCUGCAGAGCAGCCCGAACCAGAGCUGCAAUGCCUCCACUAGUCCGCUGCCCCCAAGCCCUGGCUACCAGGACCUGGGCAGGAGCAGCAGGGUGGGUGGUGGCCCUUUCUGCCUUGUGAACUACCAGGUCAUGCGGGAAGAUAUGGAUGUGAUGUCUGUGCACUUCAGGCCCAUGGACAGGGUCUCAGUGCUGGUGCACUCAGGCAUGCCUUCGGUGAUGCGGCUGUACCUCAACACAGGCAUGGACAGUGGGGGCUCCCUCACCAUCUCCCUGUGGGCCAACAAGAGUAUGAUUUCCAACCACACCUUGGUAAUGGUCUGCGUGAAUGCUGCCUCACCCUUUCUCCGCUUCAACGCUUCCCUCAACUGCACCACAGCCUUCUUUCAGGGCUACUCCCUAUCUCUGAGCACCUCAUCUCUCAAGGCCAAACUCAUCAUCCCCUACCCAGAGACAGACAACUGGUACCUCUCCCUGCAGCUUGUGUGCCCUCAGAGUCCUGAGGAGUGUGAGAAGGCCAAGGUUCUUGUAGAGACCACUUUGUACCUGGUGCCCUGCUUGGACGACUGUGGACCCUAUGGCCAGUGCAUCCUGCUGCGCAGACAUGGCUACCUGUAUGCAGGCUGCAGCUGCAAGGCAGGCUGGCGUGGGUGGAGCUGCACGGACAACAGCACCGCCCAGAGCACAGCCCAGCAGAGGAUGGCCACACUCCUGCUCACUCUCAGCAACCUCAUGUUCCUGGCUCCCAUCACCCUCUCUGUGUACCGCUGCCUCCUAGUGGAGGCCUCCGUCUAUGCCUACACCAUGUUCUUCUCCACGUUCUAUCAUGCCUGUGACCAGCCGGGGGAGGCGGUGCUGUGUAUCCUCAACUACGACACCCUGCAGUACUGUGACUUCCUGGGUUCCGGAGUGUCCAUCUGGGUCACCAUCCUCUGCAUGGCGCGGCUGAAGGCAGCCCUGAAAUAUGUUCUGCUUCUCCUGGGCACACUAGUGUUCGCCAUGUCCUUACAGCUGGAUCGCAGGGGUGCUUGGAAUAUGAUGGGGCCUUGCCUCUUUGCCUUUGUGAUCAUGGUCACCAUGUGGGUAUACCGCUGUGGGCACCGGCGCCACUGCUACCCCACUUCUUGGCAACGCUGGGUCUUCUAUCUCCUGCCUGGCAUCUCCAUGGCUGCUUUGGCCAUUACCAUAUACACCUCUAUGAUGACCAGUGACAACUAUUACUACACCCACAGCAUCUGGCACAUGCUGCUUGCGGGGACUUUGGAGGCUCGAGAAGAGCUGCCACUGCCAAGCUGUUCUGGGGGUGCUGCUCUGGGGGUGCCAGCAACAUAG